CUGUUCUGCAGGCCCAGGAGUACCAUGCUGCCCCACUGGGCGCUCAGCGUGUGCCAUGUGUUUAUGUGGGUGCUGUGUCUGUCUGCGACUGAGGACUUUGACUCGACAAAGAACGACCACAGUUCCUUCUAUUAUGGCACUUUUCCAACUGGAUUUUCAUGGGGUGCAGGCAGUUCAGCCUAUCAAACAGAAGGAGCCUGGGACCAAGAUGGAAAAGGACUGAGUAUCUGGGAUGUGUUCAGUCAUAAGAAAGGCGAAAUCCAGCAAAAUGAUACAGGGGAUUCCUCCUGUGAGGGCUACUUCAAAGUCAAGGAUGAUGUUUCUUUGAUGAAGGAGCUGAAGCUUAACCAUUAUCGCUUCUCCAUAUCCUGGCCUAGAGUCAUCCCGACUGGCAUAAAGUCUGACCAUAUAAAUGAAAAAGGAAUACAGUACUAUGAUGAACUGAUUAACCAUUUGGUGGAGAACAAGAUCACUCCCAUUGUCACUCUGUAUCACUGGGAUCUUCCACAGGUCUUACAAGAAAAAUAUGGUGGAUGGCAGAAUAUAAGCAUGGUCAACCAUUUCAAUGAAUUUGCCAGCCUGUGCUUUGAAAGGUUUGGCAACCGAGUUAAGCACUGGAUCACUUUCAGCAAUCCAUGGUCUGUAGCAGUUGAAGGCUAUGAGACAGGUGAGCAUGCUCCUGGACUGAGACUGAGAGGAACAGGGGCAUACAGAGUUGCCCAUCACAUAAUCAAGGCACAUGCUAAAGUUUGGCACACUUAUGAUACACAGUGGAGGGGAAAACAAGAAGGUCUGGUUGGCAUCUCUCUCUCUGGGGACUGGGGUGAGCCAGUGGAUAUCAGCAACCAAAAAGACAUUGAGGCAGCUGAGAGAUAUGUCCAGUUCUACCUGGGCUGGUUUGCCACACCAAUCUUUCAUGGAGACUACCCUCAAGUGAUGAAAGACUUCAUUGGGAGGAAGAGUGCUCAGCAGGGCCUCUGGACGUCUCGCCUGCCCACGUUUUCCCCCGAGGAGAAGAGCUACAUCAGGGGGACCUGUGACUUCCUUGGGAUCGGUCAUUUCACCACUCGCUACAUUACCCAAAAAAACAACCCAUUAGGCCGCAGUAGCUACUUCACUGACCGUGACAUGGCUGAGCUGGUUGACCCAGAGUGGCCUGACCCUGGAUCAGAGUGGCUCUACUCUGUGCCCUGGGGUUUCAGACGUCUGCUCAAUUUUGUAAAGACUCAAUAUGGAAACCCAAUGAUUUAUGUGACUGAGAAUGGAGUCUCUGAGAAGAUGUUAUGCACAGAACUGUGUGAUGAAUGGAGGAUACAGUAUUAUAAAGACUAUAUCAACGAGAUGCUAAAAGCUAUCAAAGAUGGAGUAAAUGUGAAAGGAUUUACUGCAUGGUCCCUGCUGGACAAGUUUGAGUGGGGCGAAGGUUACUCUGAGAGGUUUGGCUUGUAUUAUGUGGACUUCAGGAAUAAAAAUAAGCCUCGCUAUCCCAAAGCUUCUGUUCAGUUUUACAAACGCAUCAUCAGCUUCAACGGUUUUCCUAAUCAAAGAGAGGUUGAGAACUGGAGGAGGAAGGCUUUUGAGACCUGUUCUUCUAGCAACCAGCUCCUAGCCGCAGACCCUUUGACCAGCCACAUGGAGAUGGUAACUGAGAUCGUUGUUCCCACCGUGUGCACCCUCUGUAUUCUGCUCAGUGCCAUCUUCCUUAUGUUCCUGCUGCACAGGCGGAACUAGAAAGUGUGCAUGUUUACAAUCACAAACAUCAAUACAUUGAAUACACAAGGUCAUAAACACUAACACUGUAAGUGUAUUAUUUCUUUAAUAGAUUGUGUGAGCAAAAAUGCAUUAUUUGAACUUAAUUUUGAGAAUUACUAAUUUAAUUAAUUUGAUGUGCAUAAUAAUAAUGAUGUAAUUAUGAUAAUGAAUUUAGACUCAACUGUAUGGACAGCCCUUUUUAAAAUACUAUUGUGGAAUAAAACCAUUGCAAACAGCCCUUAUAAUCUAUUGUACUUUGUUUCUGUUGGGUUUAAACUGGGAGUUGUUCUGCAAAAAAGUCUCUUCAAAAUCUUUUUUAACAAAAAUAAAGUAUACUAACAAAAAACUACAAGGUGCUCACCAUGGGGUUUGUGAUGUGGUAUGCUUGAAGUCCAUAAGGCUAAUUCUGAUAUUCCAAAACAUGUUAAUUGCUAAUGAGAGUUUGAAAUAUAAAAA